GUCGUAUGUUUGUGUUUUUAUAAACAGCGACAAAAUCUUACAGCCCUUCAGCCAUUCCACCUACCUACCUGUUCUCUUUGUGUAUCCCUGAGAGCUGGGAAUCAAGUCAUGGAAGUUCCACUUCUGGGCAAUCAUGGGUUGGUCAAUUAUAAGAAGAAGAGUUGGGGCAAGGCUAUGCUCUUCCUUCUUGCAUUUAUAACCAUUACAAUUGUAGUCAUUGGUGGCGACUUAAAAUCUUGGAAACAAAGAGGAGGAACCAGAUAUGAUAAGAGAAUUGGAGCACCUAAUGAUGACAUUGUUGAGUCAGAUCAGGGUGUUGUUGCUGCUGAUGAUGGCCGAUGCUCGGAAAUUGGUGCAAUCAUGCUUCGACAGGGUGGGCAUGCUGUUGAUGCUGCAGUGGCAACUGCACUGUGCCUUGGUGUUGUUUAUCCGAUGGCCAGUGGGAUAGGAGGUGGAGCUUUCAUGAUUGUCCGGUCUUCCUCAACUUCACAAACCCAAGCUUUUGACAUGAGGGAAACUGCUCCAUUAGCAGCUUCACAGAACAUGUAUGAGAAUAAUCCCAAAUCCAAAGUUGCUGGUGCACUCGCAAUGGGAGUUCCUGGCGAGAUAGCUGGCCUUCAUGAAGCUUGGUUACAACAUGGGCGUCUGGCUUGGAGGACAUUAUUCCAACCCGCCAUCAAACUUGCAAAAGAUGGAUUUGUGAUUUCUCCUUAUCUCAGACAACACAUGACUGAGUUGGCAAAGCUGAUCAUGAAUGAUCCAGGUUUACGGCAGGUAUUUGCACCAAACGGAAAGCUGUUGCAGGUAGGGGAUGCAUGCUACAAUAUAGAACUUGGCCGCAGCUUAGAGGCAGUGGCAGAGCAGGGGCCACAAGCUUUCUACAAUGGAACCGUUGGGGAGAAGUUAGUAAAGGAUGUGAGAGAGGCAGGUGGGAUUUUGACAAUGGCGGAUUUAAGGAGUUAUAAAGUGGAUGUAACAGAUGCAAUGGUGGCAGAUGUUUUUGGCUACACCAUAGUUGGAAUGCCGCCACCUUCAAGUGGAACAGUCGGCCUCUCUCUAGUUCUGAACAUCUUGGACAGCUAUGGAAAUUCGAAUGCUGUAAAGGGAAGUCUCGGUCUACAUCGCCUGGUCGAGGCAUUGAAACACAUGUUUGCUGUCCGAAUGAACCUGGGUGACCCAAACUUUGUUGACGUAAGUAAAUAUGUAUCUGAAAUGCUCUCGCCGUCUUUUGCAAAGGAAAUUCAGCAAAAGAUAUUUGACAACACCACUUUCCCUCCAGAAUAUUAUAUGAGCAGGUGGAGUCAGCUGAGAGAUCACGGCACCAGUCAUUUAUGCAUUGUAGAUGCAGAUAGAAAUGCAGUAUCAAUGACUACCACAGUAAAUUAUCCUUUUGGAGCUGGAGUGAUCUCCCCUGCUACUGGGAUUCUGUUGAAUAAUGAGAUGGAUGACUUCUCGAUGCCAACCGAGAUCUCACCGGACAAACUUCCUCCGGCUCCAACAAAUUAUAUCGAACCGAAUAAGAGACCCUUAUCAUCAAUGACUCCGAUCAUUGUUGUCAAGGAUAACCAGCUGGCAGGGGUCAUUGGUGGUAGUGGUGGAAUAUACAUAAUUCCGGCAGUAAUCCAGGUUUUUAUCAACCAUUUUAUCUUGGGAAUGGAACCCUUAGCUGCAGUUCAGAACCCAAGAAUCUACCACAAGCUAGUACCAAAUGUGGUUUUGUAUGAAAACUGGACUGUGAUUGAUGGGGAUCACAUUGAACUUCCAGAUGAAAGAAAGAGUUACUUGAAAGAGAGGGGUCAUCAACUGAACGCCGUAGCAGGGGGAGCCAUCGUCCAGUUGGCUGUUCAAACUCUCCAAAACCCCAUCAACAACAUGGGUGGUAGGAAACUUGGAGGAGAUUCUAUUGCCAACAUAUUCCGUGGCAUCCUGACUGCUGUAAGUGACCCUCGAAAGAAUGGGAGGCCCGCCGCCAUUUAGUCACCGCCUCUGUUUCGGGUUGAAUUAUUCUGAGGGCGACAGAAAAACAGCCCUUCCACUUGGAAUAUUGGAAACUGAAACUAUUACAAUUUUUUCUUUUUGUUU